AUUCAAAUCGCCACAGUACGAGUAUUCAAAUUCAAGCUAGCUAGCCAUCCAGGCAGGCAUCAGAAUAAGUCGAGUUAUUGUGCGGAUACAUGCCAAACUUUGAUAUCCGGCUCAUGGGCAAUAUGCCCGCCAAUACAGCUGGUCUGUGGAAGCGUGUCACCUUCCUGCUGGCCCUGCCGGCCAUCGUCCUGUGCGCCGCGAACGCCUUCACCGGACACAAGCACGUGGAGCGGGAGCCGUUCGCCAAGUACGAGUACUUGAGGCGCCGGACCAAGCGAUUCCCAUGGGGAGAUGGCAAUCGCAGCUUGUUCCACAACGCCGAGGUGAAUGCCCUGCCCGAGGGCUACGAGGAUGAGGUGGCUGAGGAGGAUUAGCAGCGCCCAUUACCUAUUAUUUUACUCUUUAACUUAGUUUACUAGGAACCGAUGAUGUUUGGAUAAACUUUAUGAUGACCAACUGCGAUCGUUUGCCGAUUCCUUGCCCGUAAUAAAUUAAUCAUUGAGAUCUGAGUCAGUUAA